AUCCCCAGCCCUCCGCGCGCCCUCCACGGCUCGCGGUCGCCGGACUCCGGCCCUCCGCACCCCUCUCCCCGCCCUCUUCACCCUGAUCCCCAGCACUCCCCUCCCCACUCUCUCCAUCCCGAUCGCCGGCCUUCCGCACACCCUUCCCGCUGUCGGCGUCCGGAUCCUCGGGCCCUCAUCUUUGAACCUCUGCUCCCCUCACCUCCCGGCCCCUGGCUCUUCCCGACCCGGGCACCCGGUGCCUGGGUCUCCGGCGGUCCGCACUGCGCCUCCCCCACGCCGCGGCUCUCAGCGCUUUGUCCCGGGUGUGCCUUCCUUUUUCCCCCGCACCACCCUUGCCUCCGCCACCCCCCGGCUCUCGGCACCCGGGCCCUCCGCGCCGACCUCCACCCCCAACCCCGCCUAGCCCCUCCGCGCUGUGGCCCUCGGCGGGUGCCCGGCCACCGAGCUGGUGGUGUGGGGUGCCCUGCGGCCGCCAGGCUCCGGCUCCGCCCGCGCGAGGUCGCGUCCCCGCUCUGGGCCUGGCCGGGCGUCUGGCUUGGCCCCUCCCGUCCUCACAGUCGGUGCAGUUCUGAAAGCCCCCGAAGGCGCAGCCGGCUUCAGGCCUUAGGUUUAGGCGAGGUACCGGGAGGGAGAGGGGUGUGGGGCGGGGACGGAGGGGCCGGGCUGCGCGGAGCCUGCCCACGCUUAGCCUGCACGCGGGGUCCGAGCGGCGCAAGAUCUCGCUGGCACCCCACGCUUAAGUGGGAUACUCAGCUGUGGUCCUGGACUCGUGUCAGCCUUGCCUCAAGCGUGAACAUAGAUGGGUGCCCUUUAAGCGGGGGGCAGGCAGCCUAGGCCAGGGACCUCUGGGAGAGGAUGGUGACCCCCUGGCGCUUCUCCGUCAGAGUCUGCUUGUCGCACCUGAGGGGUUUGGAGCUCCGAAAAGAACUCGGCCUUUUAAGAUCAUCUGGAUGCUCUCGUAAUGCCAGACUCUGUUGGCUUCUGCUUGGUACUUUACCCAAACUUAUCUCAGCCUAUGGGGACACUGGUGAGGGGGCUCCUGAGAGUGUGUGCCAGCGAAGAGCCGGCUGGAGUGACCUAGCUGAAAAUGGGCCUCUGGAGAGAGUCUCCCAAGGGGGGCGGCUAGGAUGCCUCUUUCUGCACCUCCGUAUCUGGCUCCGGGCUGGGGCUCUCUUGAUGAAAUUCUUCCCCCUCCUGCUCUUCUACCCCCUCACCUACCUGGCUCCCAGCGUCUCCAGCCUGUGGCUCUACCUGCUUCUGAAAGCCACAGAGACCUCAGGCCCAUCAUACAUCAAACUGGGCCAGUGGGCCAGCACCCGGCGCGAUCUCUUCUCAGAGGCUUUCUGCGACCAGUUCUCCAAGCUGCAUGUCCGGGUGACCCCCCACCCUUGGACUCACACUGAACGCUUCCUGCGCCAGGCAUUUGGGGAAGACUGGGGGAGGGUCCUCUGCUUUGAGAAGAAGGAACCUGUGGGUUCAGGCUGCGUGGCCCAAGUGUACAAAGCACGUGCCAAUCCCACCUUCCUGGAGCAUGACAGCGUCCAGAGACUUGCUAAGGCCUCCCACCUGCAGGCUUCUUCAGAAGCGGGGCCAGUCGGGAGGCUGGGAGAGCUCUUUGGCCCCCCGGGGAAGGGGUGGGGGUUUCAAGGAAGUCUUGCUGACCAGUCAUUUCUAGAAAGGCUGCUUCUCCCUAAAGCUGACCCGGUUGGAUCAAAUGCAGUCGUGUCUCAGUCCUCAGCACCUGCCCACCAGCCUGAGCCGGAUCACCUCAUCCCCGUGGCAGUGAAAGUGCUGCACCCUGGCUUGCUAGCUCAGGUGCAGAUGGACCUGCUCCUGAUGAAGAUGGGCAGCCGAGUCCUUGCGCUUUUGCCGGGAAUCAAGUGGCUUAGUUUGCCUGAGAUCGUGGAGGAAUUUGAGAAGCUCAUGGUCCAUCAGAUCGACCUGCGUUACGAAGCCCAGAAUCUAGAACACUUCCAGUGCAACUUCCUGAAUGUGAAUUCUGUCAAAUUCCCCACCCCUCUGCGUCCCUUUGUCACCAGGGAUGUCUUGGUGGAGACGUACGAAGAGAGCGUGCCUGUGUCCAGCUACCAGCAGGCGGGGAUUCCCACUGACUUGAAGAAGAAGAUUGCACGGCUGGGGAUCAACAUGCUCCUGAAGAUGAUAUUUGUGGACAACUUCGUCCACGCGGACCUCCACCCUGGGAACAUCCUGGUCCAGGGUGCCGACGGUCUUUCCGGGAGUCCAGAGGCACAGCUGCAGCAGGUGGGGGUCUGUGACGCGCUGGUGGGGGCCACGCCGCCCGCCUGCCGCCCGCUGCGCCUGGUGCUGCUGGAUGCCGGCAUCGUGGCAGAGCUGCGGGCUGCCGACCUGAGCAACUUCCGCGCCGUUUUCAUGGCUGUGGCGAUGGGGCAGGGCCAGAGAGUGGCCGAGCUCAUCCUGCAUCAUGCCCGGGCCAGCGAGUGCAGGGACGUGGAGGGGUUCAAGGCUGAGAUGGCCACACUGGUGACCCAGGCCAGGAAGAACACCAUCACCCUGGAAAAGCUUCAAGUUUCCAGCCUCUUGUCGAAUGUCUUUAAGUUACUGAUGACGCACAAGGUAAAACUAGAGAGCAACUUUGCCUCCAUCGUGUUCGCCAUCAUGGUGUUAGAGGGGCUUGGCCGCUCACUGGACCCCAAACUGGACAUCCUGGAGGCAGCAAAGCCCUUCCUUCUGAAAGGACCAGCGUCCUCCUGCUGACCACAGCAGUGGGCAUGCAGUGGGCCUUCAUCUGAGACCUGAAGGCCACUCCCAACCGCCUCUCCUGUGGCAGCUUGAACAUUUUAAAAUUGGGAUGCAUGGAAGGCAUACCAGUAUUUUUCAUUCUGACUUGGUUUCAGGGGUCUGUUUUAAAAGCUUUGGGUUAUUUGGGGAAGUGAAGGGAGGGAAGAGCCCUAGCCAUUCAGUCGUGGAAGCUGGGCCUGGUGUCGGGGAAGACUAUUUCAGGGAAAAUGUUCUGUGGAGAAGGACAAAUAAACUUAGUUAUUUUGUUUUCUC